UGUCUGUGUGUGUGUGUGUGUGUGUGUGUGUGUGUGUGUGUGUGUGUGUGUGUGUGUGUGUGUGUGUGUGUGUGUGAGUCAGUUUCUCUCCCAGCCAUGAACGGGCAAGAGUUCAGCAAGGUGGGCGUGGAGGAGUCAAAGGAGAUCUGGCGGUCGGCGGACGCUGUGUGUUUUGAUGUGGAUUCUACAGUGAUACAGAACGAAGGCCUGGAUGAGCUGGCCGCCUACUGUGGCAAGGGGCAGGUGGUGAAAGAACUUACAAUGAGAGCCAUGCAGGGCGGGAUGAGCUACAAGGAAUCCCUGAAGCAAAGACUGGACAUGUUACAACCAAGUCUUGAGACCAUUCAAGGCUUCACGCGCGCCCACCCACCCUUGCCUCACCAAGGAUGUGGACUACCCCCUUGCCUCACCAAGGAUGUGGACAAGCUGGUGGAGGUGCUGCAAGAAAGAGGAGUGGAUGUUUAUCUAGUCUCCGGUGGCUUCCGCUCCCUCAUCGCACCUGUGGCUAAAUUAUUAAACAUUCCUCUUGAGAAUAUAUUUGCCAACAGACUCAAGUUCUUUUUUGAUGGUGACUAUGGGGGCUUUGACGAGAGCCAGCUGACGAGCAGGACGGGCGGCAAGGCAGAGGUUGUGUCCUAUCUGAAGCAGCAGGAGGGGUACACACGUCUGGUUAUGGUAGGGGAUGGUAUCACUGACCUAGAGGCCUAUCCCCCUGCUGACACCUUUGUGGGAUUUGGCGGCAAUGCAGUGCGGGAGGUAGUGAAGGAAAAGGCCCCUUGGUUUGUCAAUGACUUUGGAACCCUUAUUAGUGAGCUGCAGAAGGAAGACUAGCAGAAGAGGAAGCCAGUGCCAGAUUGAGCACUGGAGAAGACUUGACCUGGAUGUCUUAGCGAUGUCUUAUGGUGUCUCUCUGCCUGCCUGAUUGUGUGUGUGUGUGUGUGUGUGUGUGUUGCAUAUUCUGUCUACUUCUUGUUUAUUUUGAUUAUUUUGAUGUUUUUUCUCUGUUUUUCUUUGUAUUUGUGUUGAUUUUGGUGGAAAGAAUGUGUUUAAACUUCUAAUUUUUAUUUUUUUGUGUUUAUUUGCUUGAAUUAAUUUUUUGCAAGAAUGGACAUGUUUAUUAUUGUAAUUACUUAUAUUUUGAUCUAUUUUUUUUUUGUUUAAUUUUGAAGAAAGACCUUUAUUAUGUAGCACAGGACAGCUGCAGUGUUACCUGGUCAGUGUGAAUGCCCUCCCCCUCCACACACACACGCACACGCACAUGCACACACACACACACACACACACACACACACACACACACACACACACACACACACACACACACACACACACACACACACACACACACACACACACACACACACACACACACAC